AUGGGCGGUCACGGACAUGGGCAUGGCGAUCAUGGACACGGUCAUCACGAGCCUUACGUAAUUCCAGAUUAUCGAAUCUACAAAGUGGCCGACUGCCCCAAACUGGUUGUUGUUGAAAAAGCCCUUGCGGCUCAAGGCUUAAAAGACCCCUGGUUGCGUAACGAAGCCUGGCGCUACCACAAGGGUUUUGGCACGAAGGCGCAGAUGAUGAAACUCACCUUUUUUCGAGGCUUUAAAUAUGGCUUCGCAGCCUUUGUAUUGACUAUGGUUGGCACCAAAAUCUACGAACAACAAUUUCCUGAUGAACAUGGACAUGGUCACCAUUAA